AACAUGUAAUAGGCAAAGCACCAGCACACUUUCCUCUAUAGCUCCUCUGCAGCAUCUUUUAACAAAGAAAAUAAUCACAUUAUUUUACUUCCUUCAGCAACCUUCAUAAAAAUGGGUAUUCGUAUGCCUCGGAUCAUUCAAGCAAAACACAUUCUCCAAAGAUCUUUGUCAAAUGGAACACGCACAUCAACAAUGGAUUUACCAAAAGGCUAUUUUGCAGUUUAUGUUGGGGAGAAAGAGCAAGAAAAGAAGCGCUUUGUGGUUCCUGUGUCGAUGUUAAGCCAACCUUCAUUUCAAGACUUAUUACAUCAGGCAGAGGAAGAGUAUGGAUAUGACCAUCCAAUGGGUGGCCUCACAAUCCCAUGUAGUGAGCACACAUUCUUUGAUCUCACAACUCGUCUGGGCGCAUUAUGAGUUCAAGUUAUUGCAUUAUAGUUGUAACAGUUUUUUUAUUAGCACUAAUCACUGACCUUUUUGCGACAUGUGACGCAAAUCAGUUGUCCAGGUUGUUUUAAAACUCAAAUUCAGACUUCUUUAAAAUCCACUCUGUAUUGAUUAAUGAUAUAAUGUAGACUUGAAUGACAAACAAAAUUCAGUGUAACUAGUUUUCUCAAGAACAGUUUUAACUCGA